UUGCGAGAAAAGAAAGAAACGAUAAUUUCAAUUAGGGAAGAAGAUACACAAACCGGAGGAAGGUCAUCGGAGAUCGGAAACAAUGGCCGGACGAGACCGUUAUCUUCCAUCGUCGGCGGUUUCAACAUCAUCGUCUUCAAGACUAAUAGAAUCUCAGUUAAUCGAAUCCGAUCGAAACCGAGCUCGAUCCGUAAUCCUCGAGGAUCGAAUCUCAAUCCAACACCGUGAAAUCCAAACUCUUCUCAACGAUAACCAACGGCUAGCCGUAGCACAUCUGGGACUCAAAGACCAGCUCAAUUUAGCCAAGCGUGAGCUCGAACGGUUACUCGAAACCGCAGCUAAAGUUAAAGCGGAAGGAGAAGCUAAGGUGCGUGAGGUUUACCAGAACGCGUUGAGGAUGGAGGCGGAGACUCGUGUGAUCGAUGGGCUUGGAUCGGAGCUUAGUCAGGUUAGAUCGGAUGUACAGAGGUUAGGUACUGAUAGACAGGAGUUAGCUACUGAGCUUGCUAUGCUUGAUGGUGAGAUGGUUAAGGCUAAACCGAAUUCGGAUCGAGCUGUUGAGGUUAAGGCUGAGAUUGAGGUUUUACGAGGAGAGAUUAGUAAAGGAAGGGCUGCUCUUGAGCUUGAGAAGAAGACACGAGCUAGUAACCUUCACCAUGAGCGUGGGAUGGAAAAGACUAUCGAUCACUUGAAUCGUGAGAUUGUGAAACUUCAGGAAGAAUUGGUUGAUUUGGAGACUAAAGCUAGAGCAGCUGCUGAGGAAGCUCCAAACCCAAGUCCUGGAUUGGCUGCAAGUUAUGGGAACACGGAUGAUAGUUAUGGAGGCCAAGGCCAGCAAUAUCCUGAAGCUAACGGUUCUCACAAGGUAUAUGGAGCAUUGGACAGUCUCCCUAAACACCCACCGACUCCAUUGCAGCAUCAUCCGAGUCCGAGUAAUGUGCUGUGAUAGUACCGGUGCUUUCAACCAAAUACUUUAUAGGGAAUGAUUGAAGUAGUUCAGAUAAGUUUUUAGAUCUUCUGUAUUUUUUUUCUAAACGCUGGGAUUUUAUCUAAAUUAUUAAAAAUAAGUCACUAAUAAGUAAAAAACUUAAUACUAUAAUGAAUGUCCCUUGAGAUGUGAAGAUUAAUUUCUAAAAAUAUUAAAGAAGAUAAUGAAAAAAAAAAAAAAAAAA